AUGAGACAGAGAGAGGAGACAGGAGACAGAGAGAGGAGACAGAGAGGGGAGACAGAGAGGGGAGACAGCAGAAGAAGAGAGAGGAGACAGAGAGAGGAGGCAGAGAGAAGAGACAGAAGACAAAGAGAGGAGACAGAGAGAGGAGACAGAAGACAGAGAGAGGAGACAAAAGACAAAGCGGAGACAGAGAGGAGACAGAGAGGAGGCAGAGAGGAGAAACAGAAGACAGAGAGAGGAGACAAAAGACAAAGAAAGGAGACAAAGAGGAGACAGAGAGGAGACAGGGAGGAGACAGAGAGAGGAGACAAAAGACAAAGAAAGGAGACAAAGAGGAGGCAGAGAAAGGAGACAAAAGACAAAGAGGAGACAGAAAGGAGACAGAGAGGAGACAGAGAGGAGACAGAGAGGAGACAGAGAGGAGACAGACAGAAGACAAAGAAGAGACAGGAAGGAGACAGAAAGGAGACAGAGAAAGGAGACAAAAGACAGAGAAAUGAGACAAAAGACAGAGAAAGGAGACAGAGAGGAGACAGCGAGGAUACAGAAAGGAGACAGAGAAAGGAGACAGAAAGGAGACAGAGAGGAGACAGAGAGGAGACAGAGAGGAGACAGAAAGGAGACAGAAAGGAGACAGAAAGGAGACAGAAAGGAGACAGAAAGGAGACAGAAAGGAGACAGAAAGGAGACAAAGAGGAGACAGAUAGGAGACAAAAGACAAAGAAAGGAGACAAAGAGGAGACAGAAAGGAGACAAAAAGGAGACAGAAAGGAGACAGAAAGGAGACAGAGAGGAGACAGACAGGAGACAGAAAGGAGACGGUGA